AAUGGAUUUUCGGUACUUGCGCGAACCUCUGGACAUGGAGAGGGUGGAAGGGGCUCAUCAAAAUCGCCUUCGCGAGGACGAAAACACUCUCUUAGCGUGCUGCUGUGCAUUGCAGAGACUUGACCCGAGCGAUCCUCAGGUUCCCCACUACGCUUUGCACCUGGCAUCUCACUUGACACGACGGUAUACGUGCAUAGACGAAGCCGACGAUUUAGAGCAAGCUCUGAACGUUUGUCAAUGGGCACUUCAACAUCCCGAUUUACCAGCUGCGUUACGCGCCGCCCUCCUGGAUCAGCUGGGGCGGGUGGUCGGACUCCUAUGGAGGCGCGAUCACCGAUUACCCCUUGAAGAAGCCCUGUCCGCCCACCUUGAAUCUUCAGCCUGCAGGAAAGCGCAUGGGCUCGACGAGUCCGAUAACAUCUUUUGUGUAGCAAUGGCCACAUUCUACUUGGCGUUGUCCGACCCUGAGCCUUCAGCCGCGCUCUACGACUCCCUUGCUCUCAUGAAAACAGCUGCGCGGACGGCUAAAUGCGACGAGUUCAGGGCGGAGUAUCUGACUGUUGCAUGCAAUAUCCAUAUCAUCAUUUACGAAAACGUCGGGGAGAACUUGUUGGAUGACGCCCUCGCGAUGCUGAAGGAAGCUGUCGGUUUAACUGGCCAAGACAGCCCUCAUUACGGCCUGGUUUUUAUGCUCCUCGGUGGGGUGCUAUGGAAGAAGUUUCAGUCCCGAACCGUUGAUGGCACUUCCGAAGAUCUCGAGGCAGCCCUGCUCGCCCUGAAAAGGGCUCGUCGCAUUACCGCAACAACAUCUCCAGCGCUACACCGUCGAAUUAUGCACAACCUUGGAUGGGCAUUGUUGACCAGUUUCGAGCAUACCGGCAACAUGGACGAUCUCGAUGAGGCUAUGGAGAUAGCACGCGAAAACGUGGCAACAUGGGGAGACGCAAUGUCCCGGACGGUUGCGACCCGCAAGUUGCAGUUGUGUCUGCGGCGGCGUUACGAGCGGCUGGGCAUUCCCGAGGAUCUGGAUGAAUCCAUCCAAAUAGGACGGAUGGCUCUGGAGGCUACUCCUUCAGGAGACUCCGAGCGAUCAUACAAUCUCUGUUUGCUCGCUUCCAGUCUCUUACAGAGAUACACUCGGUCACACGCACUCGCCGAUCUGGAAGAAGCGAACAACCUGUCGAAGGAAUCCAUCAUGGGGCCAAAGGAUGUCCGGUUUGGCGUCUACCUUCGCACUCUCGGCGAAGCGCGGUUUCAUCGCGCUCUGGACAUCACGCAGAACCUUGACGAACUACGAGAAGCCGUGCAAGCUUUGAGGGAAUCGCUGGACCUCAUCCAAGCGGAGGACAAGAUAGGAAGGAUUGAGGUCAUCGACAGCCUAGCGUCAGCCCUCCGAGCGCAAUCACAGAUGACCAACUGUGUCGACUAUUUGGAGGAGGCGGUCGCAUUCCGGCAAAGUUGCCUCUCUGAUAUUCCCAACGUACGACCGGACUAUCCUCACAUCCAAGCACUCCUGGCCGACGACCUCUCUGCUUUACAUCGCUUGGUGAAUCGACCGAACGAUUUCCUUCAGUCUAUGCGUUUUUUUCGAGAUUCGGUCAAAAAUCCCUACGGCAAUCCCCGAGAUUCAUUGCAGUCGGGAAAGCGAUGGAUACAAGCAGCAAGAAGCAGCGGAUGUUCCAAUCUUGUCUUCGAGGCUUAUCAUCACACUGUCGGGCUUUUGCCUCGUUUAGCCUACACAGGCUACCACCCAGAAACGCGACUUCAAUUCCUCAGGGACACGCCGGGAUUAGCGAUCGAAGCAGCCAAUCACGCGCUCUUGCAUUCGCGGACAGCGGAGGCGGUCGAAAUUUUGGAACAGGGUCGAUCGGUGCUUUGGAACAGGGCACUUCAACAUCGCUAUCGGUUUGACGACCUUCCGCCCCACUUCGCUGAGCGGCUCAAUGCGCUCACUGCCGGAUUUGCGAGGCCUAUCGGAAGAGAAUUAGCUGGGGGAAAUAUCAGCGACUCGGCUAUGUCUCAGCGUCGCCAUCUUAUUGACAAGUUUGAGUUGGUCUUACGCGAAGUAAGACAGACUCCAGGUUUCGAAAGCUACUUCCUUCCCAAAAAGUGCUAUGCACUUCAAGCCGCGGCGGCGAUGGGACCUGUCGUACUUCUGCUCGCUGGCGAGACCCAGUCCCACGCCAUCAUCGUUCGUUCAUCCGGAAAACCACAACAGCUUCCGCUUUCGGUCACGUCCGCACGUUUGGCAGAGUUCGCCAGCAUGUUGUCAGCCGAAAAUACAACUGCGCGCCGCCGUGAUACGUCUUAUCCCUAUGCUCCAGAUGCCCACCGUCUCCACGUCCAGAAACAAAAGUGGAACUCCGAGAACUCCUACACAGGCAUCUUAGCAGAGCUAUGGCAUCAGGUUGUCCAUCCGGUGAUAGCUACGCUCAACCUGCAGGGAUGUACUUUGGACCAGCGACCACGGCUUUGGUGGUGUCCCACCGGCCCCUUCACCUUCCUUCCGGUACAUGCAGCCGGUAUCUACUAUGGAAGGAAUACAGACGUGUGCACGUCGGACUGUGUGAUUUCAUCGUACUGUCCAUCCCUACAGUCCCUUAUCAAAGCACGCCAAGAUUACGAUCAAUCGUCUGACAUCGCGAUCUUCCGUGUUCUGCUCGUCGGUCAGCCUGAGGCACCCCGUUGUACAC